AUGGCCUACAACACAAUCCAUCCUCUUGUACUGACAUCCUGUCGUAGCGAUCUGGCCGACUACCGAGCGUCGCGAAAACUCCAAGACUUUUACUUGUAUUAUGGUCGCUGGUACGGAAAGAAUGGUAAUCUACCCAGGGAGAAGUACAUAUUCCCAAUCGACAAAGAAGAGCUGGCUCGCCUAGACAUUUUGCACAAGUUCUUCUUCGUAGUUCGCAAGAACAAUCUGUUCUCGGCUUUGUUGGACGUGGAGCAGCCAUUGCGGGUCCUCGACCUCGGCACAGGCACGGGAAUCUGGGCCAUAGAACUCUCUGAAAAAUAUCCCCAUAUGCACGUACAGGGUCUUGACUUCAAUAUGAUACAGCCUAAGAUGAUUCCACGGACUAUGACACCUCCGAAACCAUUCGACCUUGAGGGUUCCUGGGAGACCGUUGACCUGGACUGGGACUUCAUGCAUGUCCGAACACUCUUCGGCAGUAUUCAAAACUGGCGAGAUCUGUACAAAAACAUGCUCGUGCAUCUGAAGCCUGGGUGCGGCUACAUGGAGCAAGUUGAAAUCGACUGGGCCCCACAGUGUGACGACGAUUCUCUUCCGACCGACAGUGCUCUAAGUCAAUGGGCCUCAAAACUUCUCGACGCAAUGGACCAGUACGGCCGCCCAAUGAGAGUAAACCCCGAGGAAACGCGACAGCAACUUGCAGUGGCUGGCUUCGUAGACAUCAGUGAAACAGUCAUCAGAGCGUGUUACAAUCCUUGGCCCGAGGACGCCACGGAGAAAGAGGCAGCGAGAUGGUUCAAUAUGGGGCUCUCUAGCGGUCUCACAGCUCUAUCGUGCGCACCUAUGGUAAGAAUGCUUGGCAUGUCCAAAGAAGAGGUGGAAGAUCUUUGCAAUAGAGUUAACAAAGAGAUAUGUAUGCGGAGCUACCAUGCAUAUUGCAGAAUAUAUAUUUGGACGGCAAGAAAACCAGGAACCGCCUCUAGAAGCUCUUCAAUUUUUUCGAGUUGA